UACACAUCGGGGAACCUAUACUACACAACGUCAAGCUAUCUAUCUAUUGUCCGAAGAGCGUUUAGUAAUCCCUUUUGUGUAACUAAUAUGGCAGUUGAGAGACCUCUUCAAGAACUUCCAUGUCUAAGUGAGAAUUUGGAGGGAUCCUUGUUAAGCAUGUCUCAUAUGAAACCGAGAAAAAGGCCGCCUUAUGAUGAGGGACUCGACGCCGAGAACACCCCACACGAGCUCAUUCAGCACUGGUCGCCUCCUCGCAAGCAACCCCGGGCUUGUGUGAAGGGGAAAGAAAAUGCUUUUGUCAUUGCCAGACGUCCUAGGAAGAACAGGGAUGCAUCAGCUGGCCUGUGCUGGGACAGUCUCCCAGAUGAGUUACUUCUAGGGAUAUUUUCUUGUCUCUCGCUACAAGACCUCCUCAGAACCACCCGCGUGUGUAAGCGCUGGCAUCGAUUGGCUAUGGAUGAGUCCUUGUGGCACAGUGUGGACUUGGUGGGUAAAGCUCAGCUAGAUGCAGAGCUUGGCCAGGUACUCUCAGCUGGAGUCUUGAGGCUGCGCUGUCCACAUGCCUGUAUUGGUCAACCCACCUUUAAGAACACAGGGCCUCUUCGUGUUAAGCAUAUGGACUUGUCCAGCUGCACCAUACAGACUUCUGUCCUGGAGGACAUCUUGUCUCGCUGCAGGCAGCUACAGAGUCUCAGUCUUGAGGGGCUGAUGCUUUCUGACAGCAUUCUACAAUCUUUGGCUCAGAAUGCAGAGCUUGUCCGGCUGAAUUUGUGUGGCUGUGCUGGCUUCUCCCCUGAUUCUCUGACUGAGCUGCUUCAGCACAGCAUCUUGCUUGAAGAGCUGAACGUGUCAUGGUGCGACUUCAGCAGUCAGCAUGUUCAAGCCAUCUCUAACAAUAUUCCGUCCAGUGUUACUCAGCUCAAUAUCAGUGGCUACAGGCAAAAUCUGACUAUGGAAGAUGUAAAGAAACUAGUGGAAAGAUGUCCAAAUCUAACAAAUUGGGAUUUGAGUGACAGUGUGCUUGUGACCACAGAUGCCUUCCCAUUGCUGCAACAGUUGCUUUCUCUGAGGCAUUUAGCCCUGAGCCGCUGUUACCAAAUCCACCCAGCUGCCCUUAUAGACUUUGAGAAAUUUCCAAAGCUGCAGACCUUGGAGGUGUUUGGCCUGAUACAGGAUAGCUACUUGCCCAUCCUAAGUAAAGGGCUGCCGCAUAUCCAGAUCAACACGCAGCCUUUCUCUAGUAUAGCACGGCCCACUACAGCUACCAGGAAGGACCGUACACUGUGGGGAAUGCCAUGCUGGCUGGUAUAUAAACCUUAACCUGUGGUCCUAGGACAUUUCUGAGAGAAAUCAUAUUGGAGUUAAGAGAUGAAUAUGAAGAUGUUCCUUAAGUAUGUCUGAAAAGACUACUGGAAAGUAUUUUUUACUUUUUUCUUUUUUUAAGAGUGGCAUUGAAAAAAAUGUUUGUUUAUAGAUGUUUUAGAGAAAACGGAAAUGAACAGACCAAAUUACUUACUGAAAUAUGUUAAUUUUAAUCCUUUUCAAAUGGUCAGGCUUACAAUUCAGUGAAUGACAUGGAUCUAAGUGAUAAUGGUUUGUUAAAAAGUUUAUGGAAUCAGUUUUACAGGAUCAGUCUAGUAGUUUUAAAAUUGGUUACUCAUUAUGUCAUUUGUGCCAGUAACUUCGUUUGAAAGACAAGGUUACAGUAGAUAUUACAGGGUCAUUUGUCAGGUUGUUUUUAGAUCUUUAAUGUUCCUAAAAAAUUCAAAUGAGUAUCUACAGUGAGCAGUUGACAAUUUUGGUUCAAGAAUGGUUUGAAGGUCCCUUUAAGUAGAGCAGCUCCUGUACAAUAACUAUUUGGAUAGUUCUGUCUGGAUGCUUUCUUAUGUAGGAUGGACAAAGCAAGGGCCCUGAUCCUUUAAAGCUGAAUUACUGACUUUGGUAGUGUAACAUUAUCUUGAAAACAAUGUAAUAUCCAUUCUUUAUAUUUAGCUUGGAUACUCCCAGAGCAUUGUUUUAAAUGUAUUGCUAAUUCUGGAAAUGAGGAUGGUUAACCCAGCCUGUUGAACAUUUUGUUAUGUAAAUGUUGCUUAUCUGUUCAUGAUGGUUUAUAUAUUGUUACUGAUGCCUUAAGGCACAGUCAGCAUAUCUGCAAAAGGGUGAUUAAUUUUAAACAGUUCUAAGAACAAUUUAAAACUGUUAGCAUUUUGUUUUCUGACCUAUUAUGAGACUCCUGAAUAAUUGACUAUUGAGAACAGAAAUAAACUAUGUUUUUAUGGAA